AUGGCUCAUAGACAAUCCAAAACAGCAAAGAGAAGUAAGACUCAAAAUAAGACACGAUCUGUUGACUCGGAAGUGUUUACAGAUUCAGCUGCCAGAAAUCAGUUGGAAAUUCAAUCCAAAUUAACUCCAAAAUCCAAAGUUAAGAAAUUAUCAAAGUUAGCAGUUAAGAAGCAACAAGCAAAGAUAAGGUUAUAUGGAGCUACAAGUGGUAAAGAAUAUAGAGAAGAUCAGUUGGAUAUUCCAACUUUGAACAAGGCUGUUAUCCCAGGUGUUAAAGCCAAGAGAGGUAAGAAGGGGAAGAAAUUUGUUGAAGAUGAUGAUUCAUUAACUAUGAACAGAUUGGUUAAGUCUAUUAAUGAUAAAUAUGAUCAAGUGAAUGAAAGUAAAUUGGAAAAGUCUAGAAGACUAGAAGAAAUACGAGCAUUGAAGAGACAAGAAAUGGAAAGAAAGGAACAAGAUAAGAAGGAUAAAUUGGAAGGUAAAAAGAGUGAAUUAAAGAAUAAGGCAUCAGUUGCUCGUGUUGUCCGUAGAAAGAAUGCGAAGGCUCGAAAGGCGGAAGAAAUGGAAGAAAAUGAUUCAGAACCUCCAAAGAAGAAGAAGAAGAGUGUUUCCUUUGCAUGA